AAUAAAACAACUGUCGAGGAUGUGUUGAACUAUUCCAAAGUAGAAAUGCAAGCGUUUUUACGCGCAAAUAAUGUUAAAAUUAGUGGAAGCAAGUUGACACUUGCCCAACGGGUAGUAGAUACGAUCGGAUCGCGGUGUUACAUUGUGUCGGAUUAUACACCACAAUCGUCAUCUUCUGGUGUUGAAACUCCCGAAAUAGCUGAGCUCCGAGCAGGAUGGACUGGGACUUCAUGUCAUUUCCCUACAGUGAAGCUUAGCGACAUCGAGAGCUACUUACUGCACAGUAGCCACCGCACAGAAGAUGCCGAAAAAAUGCAGUGCUACAGACAAUACAUCAGGGGUCUCAAUUUUUAUAAAGAAGGAUUUAUCCACGAAAUUAUGAUAAAUUCCAUAAGCGACAGCAGCAAGCACUGCUACAUUCACUCUAAAUGUUAUCCUUCAAUGCAGCAAGGUGUCUAUGAGCAAUGGAUUUUAAUGACCAAGGAGAGACCCUUUGAAGUUGUGAAGGCAUACUGCACAUGCCCUGCAGGGUGGCUGGGAUACAACAGAUUAGGCAAUAUUCCUCGGGCAGCGUUACGAGGCUUGACUCAACUAAAAGAACUUCAUCUCGAAAACAAUCCGCUCGUCUGCGACUGCCAGCUGCGAUGGCUCAUUGUGACAGUUCAGGCCGGCGUCUCCAAUCUCACAGUAAAGGAAGCAGUGUGUAGUGAACCCGUGCACCUGAAGGGGCGUGGCAUACGCGAAGUCACCCAAGCGGAUCUCAACUGCAGCACGCACGAUACGAUUGAAAUAUUAAAGGCCCCUAAUGCCACAUACGAUGUUGAGCCCAAUAUGACGAUUGUCAUUGCCAUAGACGUCAUCACGGACCCAGACUGGCAGACCCAGAUUAGCUACAAAUGGUUCUCGUACUUGCCAGUCACCACGGCGACCGGUAACCAGAUUAUAGAGAAGCAGCCAAUCCCACACACCUCCAACUAUGAAAAGUACUUCAAGCUGUCACUGUCGGGCAAGGAGCUGACCUUCACCAUCCCCGACGUGAAAACACCUGUAAUGGCGGACUAUACGGCCGAGUAUGAUCUCUACCAGGACCUCACGGAUGACAGGCUGUUCUCCAUCAAUAUCAGCCACAAGUUUGACUAUCGAGUGGUGAACUUCACUGUGAAAGGAAAGGAGCUGGAAAAAACAAAGGCGUCAACAUCCCAAGCGCAUGUGUACAUCGGCAUUGGCAUCGGCAUUGGCAUUGGGCUCGGUGUCACUGUAGCAGUUAUUAUCUUCAUAAAACAGAAACGCAGGAGGCAUAACACCCCCAGCUUUCCGAUGGAAGACCCCGCACUGACUCCGAUAGAUGCUGGAAGAAGGAAUCAAACACUGACAGACAGUGUUCUGAUGUCCAGCGAUUUUGAACACAUUGCAGACCGUGAUGUAUAUAAUUCGAGCGAGUUUGUUGACGAAGAGAAUGUCUAACGACCCGCAAUCAACGAAGCCACUAGUAGCACGAUCAAUGGUUAAUUAAAACCAAUGACUGCACAGCUUUCAAGAGGAAUACCAAUACCAUUGAAACCAAAUGACUAGCCGUUACUUAAAACGAGUGUCACUUGCAAAAUGACACCAGUGCCAACACAGCUUUCAAUGGGUUUAUAUGCCUCGCUAAAAAUAAGACAAGCGAUUGUCCCUUCGCACUAAACAGAAAUGACAUCAUAUUUUUCUAUCCACAAUUAUGCAACCUUGUUAAGUGGGGAGGAGUAGUUUAUAAAAGAUUUAAAAAAACAAUGUUACUUAGUUACAUUCGUAUAUAUAUACAUUAUGUAUAAGAAUAACAAUACCAAAUUAAAAUUUAUUUGUGAAAAAACAUGUUUAGAUUAAUUGUAUUCUCUUAAACAGGAAUCUGUUUGUAGAUGUUUGCGACUUAUUGUGUGUGUGUGAAUAAAAAUUAUUUCGUUGACGCUUUCUUUCAUGAUGUGAGUUCUGUUAAUUUCAUGUUUAUGAUAUUAUGUUUACAAAGACGCUGUACAAUGUGCAUGCAUAUUGAUGUAUUUCUUACGUGUAUCGCAAUGCCAUGCGACAAAAUACUCAAAACUAUAACGACGAGUUCAACUUACAGCCGUCAGAUUUUGACUUGGUGAAUUUCUUCUUUUGAAAGAAUGCGAAUUUAACGCACUACUUUACUGAAUAAUGUAAAAAAAUACAAUUUAUAACCGUUUUUUUUUUGUAUUUGCAUUACGGAAAUAUCAGGUUUACAGACUGUUGGCUUAAUAUUCGUAGUGCGGAGUGUUCUAUGUGUUGGACAAAACACACAAUAAUAUGGCGUUACAAAUUAGUUUUACCCUUGUUAAUUCACUUUGAAAUUAUAUAUCAUAUCAAGUAUACUUAUUUCAAUGAAACUACCAGUGUAACAUAACAUGGAUUAUUCUUGUUUGUUAUUGACAUUGGAUGAAUGCAUUCCGCUAUGUUAGAAGUGUUAAUAUUUAUGUACGUGUAUUGUCCGAAAAGAUGAAUGUGAUAUCGUGUUUCUGUACUUCGAUAUUAUAUAUUCUAUAAAUCUAUAAUUUAUAUAUAGCAUGACAAUGUUAUAUAUAUCUUUCAUUAAUGGACAGUAUAGUUACAUACAUUGAACGCACACAUUUCUCUGUUAUAUUGUUUCCUUAAAAAAACUGUAAAUCGUGCGCAAAAAUCUCGAAGCUAGUUUUUCUAAGAUCUCUGAACAUAUAGUUCGAUGUUAUUUAUCAUUGAGAUCAAUGAACUGGAAAUGCAGUAUACUGUCUUUGUUAUAUAUCAAUGAGGCAUAAAGUGAUAGUAUAUUGAGACAUUCGAUUUCGAUAUUAUUGUGUCAUGAUAUAAAUAAUCUAUAUCGAGCACAUACACUUGGAUAUUAUAUAUUAAUUUAAUGAAUGUAUAUCUAGCAUAAGUAUUUUGAUAUUUUUCUGAGGUAAAUCAAAGUUACAUAUUUGCUGGCUGAAUUUUCCUGAGAUGAAGCAACUAUUGACUGCAUGCAUUUUGAUUUUGUUUAGUUGUUUGUUUACAGAUAUAACAUUAGAUUGUUAACAUGUAAUAAUAUUUUUAGAUAACAUAACUGUAUAACUUAUACUCGUACAGUGUUGGUUCUGGAAUGAAUGAAAUGUAUAUUACGUACACAUAUUUUUACUUUAUAUCUUCCUUCAACUAAAUUAUUGUAUAUUGAUAGUAUGUUUAGAUUAUUGGUUUCAUUUUCCUUUAUAUGUUAAACAGUAAAUGGUGCAAAUGUAUAUCGAUUUUUUUAUUUCCGGUCUUAAAAUUAAAAGGUAUUGUUCACAUACAUAUUGAUAUUUUGAUUUCACAUACAUUAAAACUAUAAUGUUUUGUUCUUAGGGAAAAGGUAUUAAGUAUACUAGGAACAACAAAUACACUUAUAUUGCAGUGCAUUUACUGUUUACAAAUGUUGAAGAAGUUACUUGUUUACCUUACAUGACUUUGUGGCAUAAACGUAUGUUUAUCUUUCGCUUCUUUAGAGGUUUGACCUUAAAAUAAAUCUAUAUACUCAAUACUAAUACCAAUUAUUUUAUUUAAGGGAAUACAGCUAAAAAUGCAUUGGGAUGAUCGACUUUCUUAUUUUGAAUAAUCUAACGAUCCAAUUUCAAGCCUAGCAAAAUUCAAAAUUAAAAUACCAUACUUAAAGUAUUAUAUAAUAGUAAAGUAUUAUAUAAUAGUGUUUCUCCUAUUUUCAUAAAGCUCAACUUACUAGAAGUAAACAAGCACUCUCAAAUUCAAAUUCGAACAUUGGCGAUAAAAAGGGUGAAGGCGUUUUGUUUGAAAACAUGCGUAGUGUCAUUGAAGCAGUGUAUCAUUUUGUGUCGCCAUUUCGAACACCCAGAGUGAGAAAACGCCUAUUCCAAAUAUUUAUGCAAACUCUACUCGUGAAAUGCGUACCUUUUACUGGUUCAGCUCUGUUAUGUGUAAGAGUUCUGUUCACUUUAAUUUGAGCGUAGCCGAAUUAAGGGUUAAAGUUAAUAAUUACCGUUUGGGAUUUUUAAGUUAAAAGCAAGUGACGAUAUAAUUAAAUUGUUCGUUUGGUGCUAGCACGUCAAAAUAUAAAAGAGAAAAAAAACAUUUUUAUGUUAUUUGAACACGCUUCGUCCGCAACCACAAAGAAUAAUGUUGCCCUUUAAUUGUAUCAACGAUUUUAUAAUGUGAACAAUAUCAAGUUUAACGUCGAAGUGUUUGUGGCGUAAAUAUAUAUAAUUCGAUUUUGUGAAUCACUUCUAUUUUAGGAACCAAGACGUGAUUCUCACGAACUGCCCAAAUCCCAUCUUGUGUUCGCUGGUAAAUAUUCGGAUAUCGCCGCGGGAAAUUCACAUAAAAUGUAUUAUCACACAAAAAAUAAAAACGGGAAUUUUGUAUCUCGUUAAAUCUAUGUUGCGAUACCACAUAUAUCGCUAAAAUUUCGGAUAUUGCAUUAAGAAAUACUUAAUUGUUAUGGGUUUACUCUAUUCUAUGAAAUAUUUUACGACAUUUUGGUUGGUUUUGAGUAUUAAUGUUUCUUUACUAUAAAAAUGUUUUGUUUUAAUAUACAUGAGUGAGUGGUAUAUAUAUCUCGCCUCAAAAUGUUUCAAGUAUUUUACUAUGGGGCAUCUUAACAUAAUUAAGUAAUUUAAUUUAAAAAUCAAAUUAUAUGCUUUUAUGUGUUUUCAUGUUUAAUCACGAUGCUAUGAGGUUAAUGUUAAUGUUUGUUUACACUAUUGUCGUGCUUGAGUACGUAUUGACUAAGUGUUUUGUUCAGCUAUUGAUGAACCGGUUUAAAUAACAAAUGGUUACAAUUGUCAUUCCAUUGCGGUUAUCCAGUUUCAAUCAUGUUUUUGCUUAAUGUUGUUCAGUAUAUCCAGUCUCAAUCAAGUUUUGUGCAUAAUGUUGUAUUAUAUGUAUUGUCUUGUAAAGCAUAGCCAAUUGGUCAUAUGCCUUUAAUUAAAAACAAGCGGACACGGAUUUAUAUCCUUUUAAUGAUUCUUUAGUUUCAUUUCAUCUACAUGUAUAUAUUUGAUAAAAGCUGAUUAUUUGAAUUACUUUUUGAUACCUUUGUGAAACUACAUAAAACUUCUCUCGAUUCGUAUUCUAAGGGAGUGUUAUUGCGUGACAUAUUUUGUGCUUAAAUUAGAAAAUAGCUUAACGUAAAUUGUGAUAUACGUUAGGCAAACAUUUUGUAAUCGUCAUUGACCAUAAUUUGCAUAAUAAUGCAAAAUGGCGGACAUUCGAUAACAUUAAAAUGGAUAACUGUCAGACUUCUUGGAUAAAAUAAUGUUCUUCGAUGUUUCACCAUUAAAUAUUAAACUUCACACGUUUUAUAUUAAAAAAACAAUAUAAGUGGGAGACAUUAUUUAUUUUGUUAUCUCAAUCAAGAUUAUAAGUCGCCAUACUAUGUUUUCUUAAUCAAACAUAACAGCAGUUUCCUUAAAAGUUAGCGCACUUGUCGAACUCGUUGCAUGGAGAAACAUAUAUUAUUGAACACAAGUCAACAUAGCAGACUGGUGGCAAUAAUGUUAUUUAGCCGAAUUGUUGCGUUAAGGAUCUGUUUUAUUUGGUGAAGAUUUACUUAAAAUGUCAUAAGGUUGACACAAAAUAUGCGUGCAAGUGUUCGACAUAAAUAUUCCACCAACAAACUAUAAAGCUCGUCGACUUUUUGCUAUCUGAAAUUAUUUAAAAUGACAAUUUUAUCAAGUGAACUUCGCAAACAUAUUUUCUGACAGAUUUGUAUUCACGUCAAAGUAUUUGCUCUACACAGUAACUUUAUUUAUGUAUGUACUUAACUUUAUUUUCUUCCAAGUCAACUUGCAAAAUGCCGACUGGCGGUUAACUAUAGCUGUUAUUGGUUAUGAGCAAUGUAUGUGUACACACACAUAUCAUAUAACAUAAUUAUAUGAGUUGUAUGUUAAGCUACACUGAUCUAAAAUUCAAUGUAAUCAUGCUCUUAGUCUUUUUCGCUUUACUCAUUAAGCAUGGAAUAAACUUGUGUAACGCGAUUACUAAAUUGCUUUAAUCUAACAAUUAAUUAGUAAUUUAUACAAAUCAUAAUACAAACUUAAGAUCAUGUCAGAGAUUUACACAAUUGCAUAUAUUAUACGAAAUGGUGUCAUUCAUCGUAUACAUAGUAUAGAUAUGUAUACAAUGCAAUGUUUCCGUCUUAUUUUACGAAUCAAUCUUUUAUUUUAAGACAUUGUUCCGAAACUGACGGUUUGACAACAGCACAGUUACUAUGUGUUAAAGUAUAUCCUUUGUAUUUGCGGGCUCUUUUUUUAGUUGCUGAUUUUUUGCACUCCAGCUGACUCUUAUGUCUCCGUUUCAACCACUAAACUAACAGAUUGGUUAGAUAAAAAAUAAACCGUAUUUCUGUAUGGAAUGUUGCGUAUAUAUUGUACAUAGUAUUUUGUAAAAGAUGCCUAUGUCCCUUCCCCGUAUUUAUUGUCUAUAUUGGAAUAAUUAUGUAUAUUUUGUUUAAAGCGUCUAUGCCAACAAAAUUCGUCUAGCUGUAGUAUAUACAUUUUAAAAACAUAAGUUAGUAACGCCACUUUAAAAUAGUCUUUAAUUAUGAACAUAUACUUGAAUUAACAAUAACUUUCUGAGAAAGAAACAAAACAACGUACAUCGUGUUUGUUGAACUUUUUUGUUGUUAACACCCAACCGCAUGUUAACUUUUUAUAUCGUCCGUUUUAUUUUUAUUUUUAAUUGGUUUCCAUGUUUUUGUAUUUUUCUUAAUGUUUAUAUAUUCAUUUCGUAAAAGUUCUAUUAUUAUUUCGACGUUUGUAUAUUGUUUGAAUUGAUGAUUUCUUAAAAGUCGUACAGGUUCUUAGAAGUGUGAUAAUUUGUUUCGGGAAUAUAAGAUGUUGGUUUUUACUCUCACGGUGGAUGUAUGGAUAUUAUUCUUUCCUACGGUAUAUUACAGUAUAAUAAAAGUA